AUGCAUGCUUCAUCCAAAAAUGGUAUGCUGGCAUGGUUUCGCAAAAACACUUUACUUCUACUAACUCUGGUUUCUGUCAUCUUCGGAUGCUGCUUGGGAGGAUUCCUUAGAUUUUCAAAUCCAUCUGAGACAGCUAUUCGACUGAUAGGUUUCCCAGGCGAACUUUUCAUGAAUAUGCUUAAAGCCAUGAUAUUGCCUUUAAUUGCAGCCAGUCUAAUCUCAGGUCUAUCACAACUGGAUGGAAAGACUUCUGGAAAACUUGGCUCACGUGCUUUCAUGUACUAUGGCCUUACAACCACACAUGCUGUCAUCUUGGGAAUAAUCAUUGUGAUGAUAAUUCACCCUGGACAUCCAUCCAUCAAACAUCAAGCGAACAUUGGUCCUGAAGUUCAUCGAGAAGUAUCAGCUCUGGAUAAGUUCCUCGAUUUAUUCCGAAAUUUUUUCCCUGAAAAUAUUGUUCGCUCAAUGUUCCAACAACAACAAUCUGUUAUAACUGAAACAGUUAAUGAUACAACGGGUCAAAUUCUCAAACAUCAUACGGUUGUUUACGCAGAUGGAAUGAACGUGCUAGGACUUAUCAUGUUCUGCAUUGCAUUUGGAGUGAUAAUCUCACGUGUUGGUGCUCCAGCCCGUCCAUUGGUGGAUCUGUUUAUGGCUUUAGAUAUAGUUAUAACUCGUCUAGUAUCUGUAAUUAUGUGGACUGGUCCUAUCGGCAUACCAUCUUUGAUCGCUCAAAAAAUGUUGGAGAUCUCUGAUUUGGCGGGAACAGCUCAAAUGUUGGGAAUGUUCAUGUUAACAGUCAUUAUAGGAUUAGCUAUUCAAUGUUUCAUCACAUUACCAUUGAUCUUCUUUGUCUUUACACGCAACAACCCUUUCAAAUUCUUAAGCGGUCUUGGCCAAGCUGUCCUAACAGCUCUCGGAACUUCAUCAAGUGCUGCAUCUCUGCCAGUAACAUUCAAAUGUUUAAAUGAUAUCGGUAUUGAUUCACGUGUUACAAAAUUCGUAUUACCUGUGGGAUCAAUGAUUAACAUGGAUGGAACAGCUUUGUAUGAAGCUGUUGCUUCUAUUUUCAUUGCCCAAAUGAAUGGAAUGGAUUUGUCAAUGGGACAGAUUGUUACAGUCAGUAUUACCGCUACAUUGGCAUCAAUUGGAGCAGCAUCAAUUCCAUCAGCUGGAUUGGUGACAAUGCUGAUCGUAUUAACCGCUUUGGGAUUGCCGGCCAGUGAUGUUUCUCUCAUAAUCGCCGUCGAUUGGUUCUUGGAUCGCCUUCGAACUACCGUCAAUGUCAUUGGUGAUGCUUUCGGCUGCGGUUUCGUUUACUAUCUCUGCAAAGAUGACUUAGAAGAUCUACCAACAACUGAAUCGAAACCUGAUUUAUAUGCUAAUAAUAACAAUGAUUUAGUUCAUGGCAUCAACUUCAAUGAUCUCGAAGACAACGCCAAAACCCAGCACACCUCCAACAUUCAGAUUGCCUGA